GUCUCGUCGUCUUCCCUCUUUCGGAUUUGCUUUGGAGACUCCUCCCGUUUUCUGUCUCUCUAGCGGGAUCUCUACGUCAACCGUUGCAUCCUUCGGAAAUGUUUACUCUCUGAAAUUCUGACCGCUUCUUCAAGCAAAACAUACCCCGGCCGACUGUUUGUUCCCUGCCAAAGCAAUCCCUCCAUCUUCCAUCUUUCGGCGGCGCUCCAAGAACCCCGACAGAGGCUGAGGCCGUACCAUCUGCAAGAAACACAACAAGACUCGAUCCAUCCUCGUAUCCGCAAGCCCGAUCAUCGGCCAGGAUGGAGCAGCUCCGGCAGCUUGGCGAGGUGGUGGGCAGCAUCAACGCGCUCAUGGCGUUCGAGCCCGAACUCCGCAUCAACCCUCGCCAGUGCCGCCUUCUCGCCGAAACCUGCGCGCACGCGCUGGACGCCGUCACCAGCAAUGUCCGCGCGCACCUUCGCUUCGACGAGCGCGGCACCAAGUGGCGCGGCCUGGAGUCGCCGCUCCGCGAGCUCCACCGCGCGCUCCGCGACGCCGAUGGCUACGUCCGGCAGUGCCUCGACCCGCGCGGCAGCUGGUGGGCCCGCGCGGCGGCCAUGGCGCACGGCACGGAGUGCGUCGAGCACCACCUCCACAACAUCCUAUGGUGCGUAUCCGUCGCCAUCGAUGCCAUCGAGGCCGCCGGGGAGAUCGCCGGCUCCGAGCCUGACGACCAGGCGCGCACGCGGCUUCUGCUCGCCAACAAGUACGACAGGGACAUGCUCGAGCCAAAUCUGUUCCAGCUCGCGCUCGGCAAGGUAUACCUGGUGUCCCGAGAACUGGUCGUUCGGAUGGACGCGGCGUGGAAGGAGGACAGGUGGGCGCUGUCGCAACUGCUCGACGAAAUGACGGGCCCGUCGGCACCGAAGCGCCUGACCAAGAACGAGCACCGCCUCGCCGAGGUCCUCGCCGCGCCGAGGGGGAGGCUGCACCCGGCGUCCGUUCUGCUUGGAGGCGACUACAGCGUCCGCAGGAGGCUAGGCGGCCGCCUCAAGGAGGUACAAUGGAUGGGUGAAAGCUUCGCGAUGAAGCAUUUCAUCGGGGACGGCGAGGCCGUCGGCGCCGAGAUCGAGAUCCUGGCCUCGGUGGCGCACCCGAACGUCGCGCAUGCCAUCUACUGCUUCCACGACGAGGAGAGGAAGGAGCACUUUGUCGUCAUGGACCAGCUCAUGGCCAAGGACCUGGGGAGCUACGUUAAGGAGGUGAGCUGCCCGCGGCGGCGGACACCGUUCCCUGUCAUCGUCGCCAUCGACAUCAUGCUGCAGAUCGCGCGCGGGAUGGACUACCUGCAUGCCAAGGGAAUAUAUCACGGCGAGCUGAACCCCUCCAAUGUGCUCGUGAAGCCGCGGCAGCCCGAGGGCGGCUACGUGCAGGUCAAGGUCACCGGGUUCGGGCAGUCCGGCAACGCAAUGGGCGCCAAUGUCAACGGCGACGACAACGCCUGCAUCUGGUACGCACCUGAGGUGCUCAAGCCGGAGGUCGCGGAUGCAGGGUCUAGGGGCACCGAGAAGGCCGACGUGUACAGCUUCGCCAUGAUCUGCUUCGAGCUGCUGACCGGCAAGGUCCCGUUCGAGGACAACCACCUGCAGGGCGACAAGACAAGCAAGAACAUCCGCGCCGGCGAGCGGCCGCUGUUCCCGUUCCAGACGCCCAAGUACCUGACCGCCCUGACCAAGCGGUGCUGGCACGCCGACCCGGAGCAGCGGCCGGGGUUCUCCUCGGUCAGCCGCGUCCUCCGGUACGUGAAGCGGUUCCUGGUGAUGAACCCGGAGCAGCAGCAGCAGCAGGCUGGGCAGGGCGACGCGCCGAUUGCGCCACCCGUGGACUACCUCGACGUGGAGAUGCAGCUGCUGAGGAAGCUCCCGGCGUGGCAGCGAGGUGAGGGCGGCCGCGUCUCGGACGUGCCGUUCCAGAUGUUCGCGUACAAGGUGCUGGAGAGGGAGAAGACCGCAGGCGUGGUGCAGGCCAGGGACAAGGCCUCCGACUCGGGCAGCGAAGGGAACUCGCUGUACGGCGAUGAGAACGGCGUCGGGGCAAUGUCGCCGGACCACCCUUCCUCGGCGUCGAACGGCACCAUGCGGCCGAUGACAGACAGCAGCGAUGGCAAGAAGCCGCCGUCGGCCAAGAAAGCGGACGGCAAGGCGCCCAGGCAACCAGUUGCAGGGCAUCCGCAGAAGGUGAGGCCGGGCAACGCAGCAAGGACUCCGCAGGCACCAAGACGGGCGCUCGGAGUGAAGACCGACGGCGUCUCGUAGUUCCUGCGGAGCACAUUGGAAGGCAACUCGUCGUGCUUUAGAGGAGUUGGAAUGCCGGGCGCCGGAGAGUGUAGUGUGCCUUUGAUCUGCUAGUCGUUUCUUGUGUGGCAUACAAGUCUUGGUUUUGUUAGUUAUUAUUAUCGCAUAGUUAUUCGUUUAAUUGGUACGGUAGAAAAGAGCUGGUCCAAAGUAGUCGAUACUUGUUUCAGUCACAUGUCUGCAGUCUAAGUGAGAAGCUAUUUUCGAGA